AUGGCAAAGGAUGGUUUAGAAAAUGGCUUGGCUGAUUGGAGCUUCAAGAUUAACCUGAAAGCUGCCGGUGCAGACAUACGUUUGAACGAAGCGCUCCAACUGAAGGUGCCAUUACUAUCCGUAUCGUCAGUAAACGUGGACGCAGGACAGCUAGCCCAUGUAAGAGCUGGAGGGGCUCUUAAGGUCGAAUGUGCUAUGAAAGAUGUGACAAUAAGCGCAUCUGAAAAUGGUGUCCUCAAAGACGUGGAAGACUUGAACGUGCUAAGUAUUCAGGGUAUUCAUGUGUCGAUCGACAUUUCGCACAGUCUCGCCGACUGCCGUCACGCGUUCGCGGUGGAUACAACACUUUGCGUAUCAAGUAUUCAGGCAUCGCUGUCUCGAUUGAAGCUUAUGUAUCUCUUAAAGCGUUAUAUCAGUGAGGCUAAAGCAGAGCCAAGGAAUUUGCUGUUUGAUCAAGAUCCAGAGCAGCGAAAGCCUGAUGAAUCCGAGAUUGGUAGCAGAGAAAAUACGUACAGUCAGUGGUAUUGGAGAUUGGGUGCUCAGGUAGACCAUGUCGGUAUUGCAUGCACGGCUGAAAUUAGUCGUCAGUCGGUUCACCGCAGUCAACGAACCAGGGUGGUUGUGGAUAGCAAGAUAGUAAAUUUUGCUGUGGCUGCCCGUGUUGGCAACCAUCAUCCCGCUCGGAACGACCUCCACCCAGCUACAGGAUGCACGAGCUUUACAGAUUUGCAGGCGACUGUGGGUGAUGUCCAGGUUGUGGAGAAACUCCAAAAUGUGAGGCGCGAGAUUCACACCGCGUUCGGUGAAUUCUCGUGCUUACAAGAGCACGCAUUUCUGGGUAUUUUGGUAUGCCUAGAUUUGUCGGAUUUGCAACGUCUUACCGAGGCCAUAAGUGUGUCAAAUUCUUUCAUAUCGGACCAGCAAUCGCUGCCACUUGCGAUGCUGUCGUGGCAUUUAACAAGCUGCUUGGCUAAGUCAUUCCAUGAAGCACAUGCUAAACAGCUGCGAAGCGAGGCUACAAGAAAGAGCUUCACUGCAGAAAUCCCGCUUAUCAUGUCCUGGAUUGACUCAGCGUUGACAGCUUCCCCUUUCCCGCUGCUUUCGGUAUUUUAUCGCAAUUACAGUGAGGCUGGCCUCCCUCGUCAUGUGUUUGCGGGUUCCGUGGAGAGCGUGGACGCUGCCGUGACAACGUCAAGUCUAUACUGCCUCGCUUCACUAACGAACGUGGGUGAUGAGUCGGCCAGCUCAUUCAGCUUAAAGAGCAGGACUAGAGUGAGCAAAUUUGAUGAUUCGACCACAAGAGCUCCAUCUCUACCUGAUGCUGUCCCCUGCGUAUCUUUGGCAACCAUAGAAGUGUCUGUUUUGUUUGGUUGCAUUCGCUUGUUCCUCCCAAGUGAAUUUCUCAUGGAUGGUAUUAUGUUAGCACGGCCAGUAUCAGGGAAUGCAUUUGUCGUGUUAGAAUCAUUGUCAGUGGCAUCUGCCGUGCGAAAUGACAUUUCGCUGGAUGGGCUGGGCUACCCUCCGUUCAACUCGAGGGUCUUGCCGAGGCGAGCCACGGUUCAAGCACGGCGGUUUGGCCAGUCACAGCUGCGGAUCGGAUGUCGAGCCGGAAAGAUUACGGGUCACAUUGCUCAGCUGAAGUUUAAUGAGUUCGUCUCUGCUCAUAAAAUGUGCAAUGAGAUAGGCCCAUUCGAAAGACAUAUCGGUGGUGUGGCGGGACGUGUAGCACAUUUCUCAGAUGUGGUGACCUUUUUGGUCGCCGCUCAACGUGACAUGCAGUCUCGAAGAAAAAAUCUUUUGCCACAAGUGAAGGUGGUGAUACAGGAGUGA